GCUUGCUGCCAGAACCCCCUCCUUUUGGGACAGAGCAGCUGGUAUCUCCCUGCAUCCCUGCUUCUGGUUCAAUUUUUGCAGAGCAGUGCAAGGAUGGGCUGCCAGGAUGGACAGACGGAGGCAUGCAGGUUUUAAACUGGUUGGACUGAGGCUUGUCCUUCCUUUAGCAGCUCUCACGGGUAAGGGAUGGGAGGUGAAGGGGUCUGACUGGCUCCGAGAACAGGAAAAGGCAGUCCAGGGAAAGAUUGGAUCCUGCUAGAAGUAACCUGGGCUCGGGGUGGCAAAGCUUGGGAUCCGCACCUAAAACUGGAGCCCUUUUGGUGAAGCCAUGGAUGAACGCAGCGUACCACAAAUUCAAAGGGACCUGAAGUGCAAGAUAGACCAGGAAAGCAGCAAGAGAGAGUUCCUGACCCACCAGUCCCACCUGAAUGAAACACACUGCGUGCACUGCCUGCAGCCCUUCAAGUUCCUGCUGAACAGCAAGCGGCAGUGCCUGGAUUGCCGCUUCUACACCUGCAAGAGCUGCAGCCGCUACAACAAGAGGGAGCAGGGCUGGGUCUGUGAUCCCUGCCGCCUCUCCAGGGUGGUGAAGAUCGGUUCCCUCGAGUGGUACUACGAGCACGUGCGGUCCCGCUUCAAGAGGUUUGGAAGUGCCAAGGUGCUGCAGUCCCUCUACGGCAGGCUGCAGCCAGGGCAGAAGGGGAAUUCAGCUCUUCUAGGUCUUCAUGACAGAGUUUACAGCCUGCCAGACAUCAACAGUGAAUGCCAGUUCCCUGCCAAUGGUGGCACUGGGGAUGACAGUGAUGAUGAAGAUGAAGUGCUCCAUGGAGCUGAAGCAGAGUGCUACAGCAGAAUGCGCAAGACAAAGCGCCUGCUGUCCGUGCACCCCUUUGAUUUUGAGCUGGACUCGGAGUACUCUGCCCAGUCUCGCCGCCAGUCUGCCCAGCUCUCUCCAGUGGCCAUCAGCCCUGAUGCUUUCCAGUCCUUCCCAGAUUACUCUGGCCCAGCUGAAGAUGCCCCCCAAGAGCCCCGGCUGGAAGAAGCUGACCUGGCAGCUGUGUUCCACAUCUUGAGUGAGCAGGAGCAGCACCUCAGCCCUCCGGAGCAGCACUUCAGCACAGAGGUUCGGUUCACGCUCAAUGCACACAGAAGGAGCCUGGACAGAAGUUCAAGGCCUGGCAGCCCCUGGAUGGAGCAGCCCCGGUCCCCCUACUCUGCAGAUAUGGACACCUCCGAUGAGGAUGUGAAGGGAGCCCCAAAGCUCACUGCUUGCUUGCCUUACCACAUGAAACACCGGAGCAGAGCAUCCUCUCAGGAGAACAUCAGCCACAGCUCAGGAAGUCAGAUUCAUGAGCUCAACAAACGCAUGUCAGUGAUUGAACGCGUGCUGAACCGCUUGGAGGAAAAAAUCCUGGUGCGCUCUGCUGAGUCUCCGGCCACGGAGUCCCAGCUUGAUCCUGAUGCUGAGGAGGAAGAGUUGAAGAGGAAGCUGGAGGAGUUCACCAGCAACAUCAGUGAUAGAGAAGUCUCUUCUGAAGAAGAGGAACGUGAAGAAAGGAAGGCAGUGAAGAGACCAGAGAUGAGCUCCUCCAGUGAUGACAUAGCCAGUGAAGCUCGAAAGAGGUCCUCAGCUCAGGCUUUGAGUGAGAUCACGGCCAAAGCACUGAGAGCCAUAAAUGCCACGGAGAAAGCGGUCUCUGAGUCACUGCAAGGACAGAGCUGGGGCAGUGGUGGCGGUGCCUUGCAUCUCAGCAUGGAGGAUGGGAAAGAGGCAGCUGAAGCAUACCGUGAGCUUGAGGAAAAUGUCUACCUGGCCGCUGGGAAGGCCUACCAGCUGGAGACAACCUUGACAGAGCUUGAGGAGGGGGCUCAGCACUGUGGCAGGACCGACUCAGAGCUGUCGGAGCUGGAGGACAAGGUGGCCUUGGCGGCUGCACAGGUACAGCAGGCAGAGCGUGAGGUAUCAGAUAUUGAAUCUCGGAUCGCAGCUCUGUCCGCUGCGGGGCUGACAGUGAAGCCGGUGGAAAAGACAAGGAAGAAAUCAAAUGGGCAGGCCUUCCACAUCUGCUCCCCCAAUCCCACCAGCAGCCCCGGGGAGUCUUCGGAUGAUGUUAAGGCAAUGUCUGGGCCACAGGUCCUCAGGAGGAGGUUCAACUGUCCCUUUGAAAUCACUGGUUUUGAUGAUUCUUUUGACCGCAACUCGGUUUACCGUGGCUCGCUGACGCAGAGGAACCCCAAUGGGAAGAACAGGAGAGUGGAGCGUCUCUUUGCGAAGCCAGUGAUGACCCACCUGUCCUGAAGGAAGGGGCACCCACCACCUCAGCACACAGCCUUCCCCCAGUGCUUGCCCUUCCUUCUCCUAUGGCCACGACCCCCUGGAAGCUGGGACAGAGAGGAAUGAGGUGCUGGAGUGCAAUACACAUGGCUGGAUAAUCAGGAGGAUCACAUCUGUUUGAACAGGAUGCUGCUCUCCUUGUCCCUUGCAGUAGGGACAUUGUUCAGUUUAGAGGGAACCAGUGGUGGUGAUGCUAGAGAAAGGGUCCCCAUGGUUAAAGCACAGUGUCCCAAGGCCAGAUGUGCAGCCCAGCACUUGUCCUGCUGUCCUGCCUCAUCCUUGGGGUACUGUUUCCUUUCCCUGCUGGGAGCAACGAGCUCUUGACCAGCAACUCUUCACACUAAACCCAGUAAGUACAUGCUGAGGCUUCUUGUCUGAAGCAGCUGGGCUCAUGUGGGAACAUGAGCAAGGUGAGGCUUGUAGGAAGAGGUGGCAGCUUUUGCCAGGCCAGUGAGAAGAGGGCUGGGGGUCAGGCUGCCCAAAGGUGCCCUCUCUCCCUGCAAGGCUCUAUCAGCGGGCUCAGAAAGAACCCAGCACCAAGCUCUCCCCAGGUUGCAGAGAGGUCCCUUUGAGGUGUGUCUGUGUCCCCUAGGGGCUGCCCUGGCCCUGAGCUCAAAGCAGGUAGCAGCAGCAGCACUGAUGAUAGCACCCUCCCACUCACCCAGGUUGGCUGUUUUUCUCCACCUUUUGCUUCCAGUAACUGGAGGCUGGAGGAGGGGGGGAUUUUGUUAAUAACUUCAGCUCAGUAUCUCCCAGUCCCUGCCUUUUUACCUUUAGGUUUGGCUUUUAUCAUAGCAGAAAACUCACUAUCAAGGCAUUAGUCCUGCAGUCAACCUAGAGAAGUGGUGUGAGGCUGGAACAAAACCAGUUUUCCUUUAUUAAAAUGAAAUCCUUGUGGCCUGAAGUUGAAAAAGGGUAAAGAAUCACAUUAACUGGGGUGCAACUGCACCUUCCCCAGCUUGCAAGCAAUUGGUGGCACACAGGCAUGUGCACCCUCCUCCCUGGAAAACAUAUGGAAGGUCUGCACUGAUCUGCAGUUGAUGAGCAUCACGGAGCUCUGGGCAGUGCUGUGGGUUUGCUCUGGUUGUGCGGUUCAACUCUCACCCCACACACCUCUCGCUGUACCCAGUUCCAUUGAUAAGCCAAGUCCUUUCAGGUGGUCAGGCAGACUCUUGCCCCUCAGAAACCCUCCUUGUGAGUUAUAGCAGCAAACAGUAAGUUGAUGUUCAAGUUGUAGUUAUCCACAUUAAUAUUUGCUGGUCUCCUUCUCUGCCUGCAUGUGUAGAGAUUAUAUUAAUGUACACUACAUCAUACAAUAAAGCCAAGAACGAUCCAGAACCCA